AAUAUAUUUAAAUAGUGGAGUAUGGUGGUGGGUUUUUGUGAGUGUUGGGUUAGAUGUUAGGMUAUUUGUUAAAGGGGGGGAAYCAUAAAGCAAAGUAUAAGGGCMUUAUACUCCAGUCCAGUAGGUGGCGGUAAUGCAACAUUUAUUGGAUGCCAACCGCCGUUAAACCUAAUCGAAGAAGAGCUAUCGCUUAUUAUCGCAAUGCCUGCCCCUAAAAGACACAAGUCUUUUCAGGAUCCUCAAGCGAAGAGAAGAAUGGUGGAGCAGAAUGAAGUUGCCAUGCCKUCCAACAAAACGACACCAGCCUCUGCAUCGUCAAGCAACCCCCAAAGAGAAGCACCUUUGCGAAGAAGGAAUAAGAAAAAGCCCCCUGCAGAACUAAAAGAGGGAAAUAAACCUGCAGGGUCCAGCCUCCAUUCCUCCAAGACAAAAUCCACCCAAAAGGCCAGGACUAAGACCAAGUUCAAUCCACCUGUAAAGAACGCCAAGCUGCUGAAAGCCACAAGUGCCUCCUCAAAGAAUCCCAACUCUAAAGGAACCCUAAAAAGACCAGCCAAGAUCUUCAAAACUGCUUCCACAGAGUCUGAUGAGGAGCUUAUCAGAACUCAUAAACCCCAUUGCAUCAGAAAAUACUCUAAUGGGGAUAGAGGUAAGCGUAAAGGGUCACAGUCUAACCUGAAUGAAGAAGUAUUGCUCUCAGACCCUGUGCAGAGGGAUCACAAUUAUGGUAUACCCUCUGCGUCUUGUGGUAGUCAUUCUGAAAUUGAGGAAAAUAAAAGGAAAAGAGUCAGAGAGUCCACCGGAGGCCCAGAGACCCAGAGAGAUGUGAAGAUGGAAACUCAAAUAUCUUCAGAACCCUUACCUGAACAAUCUGGACAGAUGAAGCGGAGCAGUGAGACACAUAAGGUGCAGGAUAAUUCCAUUACCACCCCAACAGAUGAAUUUAGUGAGAGUGUCAACACCAAGCCUGACACAAAAAUGUCUCCUCCAGCAUCCCCUGAAAAAGCUUCAGACCCUAUCCAUAAGCAGGUGAACCAGAAUAAUUCSAUUACCACCCCAAKAGAUGAAGRUAGUGAGAGUUUUGAGACCAAGACUGACACACAAAUGUAUCCUUCAGCAUCCCCUGAGAAAGCUUCAGACCCRARCCAUAAGCAGGUGAACCAGAAUAAUUCCAUUACCACCCCAACAGAUGAAGUUAGUGAGAGUUUUGAGACCAAGACUGACACACAAAUGUAUCCUGCAGCAUCCCCUGAGAAAGCUUCAGACCCUAUCCAUAAGCAGGUGAACCAGAAUAAUUCCAUUACCACCCCAACAGAUGAAGUUAGUGAGAGUUUUGAGACCAAGACUGACACACAAAUGUAUCCUUCAGCAUCCCCUGAGAAAGCUUCAGACCCCAUCCAUAAGCAGGUGAACCAGAAUAAUUCCAUGACUACCCCAACAGAUGAACUUAGUGAGAGUUUUGAGACCAAGCCUGACACAAAAAUGUCUCCUCCAGCAUCCCCUGAAAAAGCUUCAGACCCCAUCCAUAAGCAGGUGAACCAGAAUAAUUCCAUGACUACCCCAACAGAUGAACUUAGUGAGAGUUUUGAGACCAAGCCUGACACAAAAAUGUCUCCUCCAGCAUCCUCUGAAAAAGCUUCAGACCACAUCCAUAAGCACCAGAGUAGUGAGAAACAUGAGGAGCAGAACGAUUCCGUGACCAUCCCUACAUAUCAAGUUAGUGAGAGUGUAGAGKGCAAGAUUGAUGCAUAUAAGAAGUCUGCAGACUCCAUACCUGAACUACUGAAACAGAGCACUGAGACACAGGAUAUGCAGGCAAAUUCCAUGACCACRCAUACAGAUAAAGUUAAUGAACAUUUACAGACUAAGGUCGGUGCAAAAAUAUUGUCUCCUCCAGCCAUAGGCUUAGUAGCAUAUAGUAGCAGUAGUGAUUCUGAAUGUGAAAGUGAGGGAAAUGACAGGACGGGAGUCACAGAGUCAAUAGAUGUGAAGAUGAAAACUCAAGCAUCUUCAGAGAAGGCUUCAGACCCUGUCCCUGAACAGGUGAAGGAGAGCAGUGAGACGAGGCAGAUGCAGGAGGAUUCCAUGACCACCCCUACAUAUGAAGUUGCCGAGGAUUCCAUGACCUCCCCUACAUAUGAAGUUACCGAGGAUUCCAUGACCUCCCCUACAUAUGAAGUUACCGAGGAUUCCAUGACCACCCCUAGUGAGAGUGUAGACACCAAGCUUGAUGCAAAUAUAAAGCCUCCAUCUAUAGAAGUAUAUUCAGAGGAGGCUUCAGACCCUGUCCCUGAACAGGUGAAUCCUGAACAGGUGAAUCAGCUAUACAUUGAAAUAGAGAAGGUGCAGGAAGAUUCCAUGACCACCCAAACAGAUGAAGUAAUUGAACGUUUAGAUGGCACGCUUGAUGCAGAAAUAAUGUCCCUUCCACCGUUAGAAGCAUCCUCUGAGGAGACCCAUACAUUUGAAGUUAGUGAGAGUGUAGAGACCAAGUGUUCAGAACUUGCACCUGAACAUGUGACACAGAGCACUGAGACACAGGAGAUGCAGGGAGAUUCCGCGCCAGCCCAUGCAGAUCAAGUAAGUGAGAGUGUAGACACCAAGCUUGAUAUCGAAGUAAAUUCUCCUCCACCUGUAGAACUAUCCUCUGAGGAGACUUCAGACAUUGUCUCUGUCUCAGAACAGGUGCUGCAGAGCAGUGAGACACAGGAAGUCCAGGAAGAUUCCAUGACCACCCCUACAGAUGAACUUAGGGAAAGUUUAGGAACAAAGUCGGGUGCUAAAUUAAAUUCUCCACCCCUAGAGGUGCUUUUCAGUGCUCUAAAGGAGUCCAGUCUUUGRAAACAUCCCCUGUCUCAUACGAUGCGCUCAAAUGUCAAAGAGUUUCUGGAAGAAGAGGAUUCUUUAAAAAAAGACUGUGGCUUUGGUUUAACAGAGAGCAUUGAGUGUACUUUAGACCUGGAGACCCCGAUUAUUGUUGAGGAUAUGGAGAUCGGCCACUGUGUUGUGGAGGUGGUGGGAGAGAAUGGAGAUGAGGUGGAUAGUGAUCUGGAAAUCAUAGACAACUCUGAGAGGCCAGAGAAGACACUUGAGCUAACCAAAGGGUCUGAAGAUGAGUGCAGUGUGGAUAAAAGUGAAGAUGGUAUUGAAAAGAAAAGCACAAGUUCCUCUAACCAAGACAGCACAAAUUGUGGGAAGAAGGAAGCUACUAAAAAAACACAGGGUAGCCUGGAAAAACCCAAGAAACAGCAGAUGAACCCUCAGGCCCGGACCAAAGCCCGACUAGCAGCGCUAGCUGAGCAAAAGGCAGCUGCCUCUAAAAAAGCGAGCAGGCAGCUCAACCUCCUGGCCCUAUGUGAAGAAAUAGCAGAUGAUAUCGCCACUGACACAAUGUUAAUAAAGACGAAGGAGGAGGAGGAGCAGGUUGUAACAGUUAAGGCUGAACCCAGCAAGGAGCCAGAAUGCACACCGCCUGUCACACAGGCUGAGACUGUUCCUYUACCUCCAACUCCUGCCGGGCCCGAGGAACCCUCUCCAGCAGUAGAACCCUCCGCUGAGGWGCCUGCUCCAGCCAAGCCCCCAGCUCCAGAGCCACCUCAGAGGCGUUUCUUCAUCAGCCAAGUGACGGUACCCCUCAAAAUCCACGAGAAGAAGAAGCUUACCAGGUUCCAGAGGCUGCGGCAGGUGGAGCUGCAGCGGGAGAAGAAUAUGUCCUGGACCAUGGUGAAGAAGCUCAAGUCCGAUCAGGCCAAUCAGAAGAUGUUUCCGGAGACAGAGGCUAAACCUGUCCCCCCAUUACUGUCCACUCCAGCAGUAGCAGCACCCAUCCCAGUGACCGCAACACCCCCACCCCCCUCAGCCAGCCCAGCAGCACCCACAGUAGCUGCACUCUCCCCAACCAGUCCAGAAGUAACCCCAAAAGUUGAGCCCCCAAAAGUUGAGCCCCCAAAAGUUGAGCCCCCAAAAGUUGAGCCCCCCAAAGUGACCCCAAGUAAGGGACCCACCCUUAGAAAGAGGACGCUUCCAGCAGUACCCCCACCGAUGCCCAACGGACUGAAAGCUCAGAAGGCCAAGCCUGUGGCGGAGUAUAAGCCUUACAAAGCCAGGCCCAAGUACUCUUUUGAUGACUUUCAACUGGAUGACGAGCCGAAACCCACAGUGCAGAAGGCAGCAGUGAGACCUACAGCUACCACUAUUCAGAGGACAGCCGUUCAGAGGGCAGCAGUGAGACCAACACCUACUACCAUUCAGAGGGCAGCAGUUAAACCUACAGCCGUUCAGAGGGCAGCAGUGAGACCAACACCUACUACCAUUCAGAGGGCAGCAGGGAGAACUACACCUACCACCAUUCAGAGGGCAGCAGUGACACCUACACCAGAAGCCGAAAACGGCAAACAUGAAGACUCAAAACCUACCGUGCAGAAGCCAGAAAACAGGGGUCAGAAAACAGUAGGACCUACCGCCCUGAAAACAGUAGGACCUACCGCGCCGAAAACAGGACAUAUCACACAGAAAACAGUAGGACCUACCGCGCAGAAUACAGUACCAACUGUACAGAAGGCCGUAGAGAUACCAACCCCUAUGUCCACAAAUGGUAAACAUGAGGACUCCAAACUUACUGUACAGAAUGCAGUAGUACCUACCGUACAGAAGGCAGACAUGCCUAGACCCAGUGUACAGAAGGCAGUGGUGGUACCUAUAUCUUCCCCCAAAAAUGAGCAGAAAGCAGAAGCACCACCUACGGCCAAAACUGGCAAAGAUGAGGAUUCCAUAGCACCAGUGUUCUCCCCUCCCUCUGAAGAGCCCCCAAGAGAUUCUGUUGACAAAGAGCAGUGUGAAGAAAAGCCUGCGGUUACUGAGAUUAAAUCCGCAUCCCCAGAGGUCAAGACAGAGGACAAGACAACAACAGAGAAUGCCUCUGACUCUGGGGUCGUUCAAUCAGCAGGUAAUGGCAGUCCCCUCUCUGACGAACGUCUGCAGAAAGAAAUCAAGAAACUAAAGGAGACCGACAAAGACGUAAAUCAAGCCAUUAUUGAUGCAGGGCAGAAGCACUUUGGCCCAGUAACCUGCAGUGUGUGUGGGAUGCUGUACUCCGCUGCCAACCCAGAGGAUGAAUCCCAGCAUUUGCUCUUCCACAACCAGUUCACCAGCGCUGUCAGAUAUGUGGGGUGGAAGAAGGAGAGGAUUUUGGGGGAGUACCCCGAUGGCAAGAUCAUCCUUGUCCUUCCAGAUGACCCCAAAUAUGCACUGAAGAAGGUUGAGGAGAUUAGAGAGAUGGUGGACAAUGACCUGGGCUUCCAGCAGGUUGAGACCAAGUGUCCCUCCCAGACUAAAACCUUCCUGUUUAUCUCCAAUGACAAGAAGGUAGCUGGGUGCCUUAUCGCUGAGCACAUUCAGGAGGGRUACAGGGUCAUCGAGGAGGCGGUGCCCGAGGGCUCGGAGGGAGAGAAGGUGAUGUUUGAGCGUCAGAGAGCCUGGUGCUGUUCCACCAACCCAGAGCCAGCCCUCUGUGGCAUCAGCCGCAUCUGGGUCUUCAGCAUGAUGAGACGGAGGGGCAUCGCCUCACGCAUGAUCGAGUGUCUCAGGAACAACUUCAUCUACGGCUCCUACUUGAGCAAGGAGGAGAUCGCUUUCUCCGACCCCACGCCCGACGGAAAGCUCUUUGCUACACACUACUGUGGCACCUCGCAGUUCCUGGUUUAUAACUUUGUCAGUGGAACUCGUUCAGACCAACCAAGCCCUAAUUUGGUGUAACCAUUCGCAUCAAGGUGGAUUUUUGCUGAGGCCAGGUGUGACUCCUCACCAACCAACCAAUCUUGUCGUGGACAUCCUGUCACAAGCACAUUGUGGCUCUUUUAGACUGAACGUUUAGACUCAUCAAAGACUACUGUACUGACUCUUCUGAGGGGAAAUCUUGGUUUUUAAUCUCAGGUUGAAAACAACAAGGUGUUGUUUAAAAGAUUUAAAAUCUCCCUUUAAUCCCUGCAUAGUAUUUUGAGACAAAUAAUAUUUUUAUUUAUGUUUUUUAAAUAAGAAACAAGCUUUUAUUGGCAGUAUUAAAGAGUUUACAUGCAUUAAGCUUGACAGCAAUAGAAAACAAAGCAUUUCACAAGCAUUUCACAAUUCAUAGUUUAUGAAGAUACACUUAAUUUUACUCAAACGGUUCUAAAACAAUAUCCUGUUCUAAUAAUGCUUUUCAUUCAUGUUGAGCAUCUUAAAACGGUUAGAAGUUGCUAAUAUUAAGAUGAGUUGUCGUGUACACAAGGGGUUGUUCUUACACACUUCCAUGUUCAUCAUCUCUUUACUUUUAAUGAAGGGAUGCGUUGACCACCUGAGGUURCAUUAUGUGAUACAGAGUACAUUAUUGUUAAGGUCACUCUCUCAGAAUUUAUCAGAAUGUGGUUGUUUGAUUCUGUUGAGUGAAGUUUUUACUCACCAUUUUCUUCACAUCAUGAUUGUUCUCAGUCUUGCUGCCAUGUGCCCUAAUCAUGUCCAUUAUUAAAAUGGAGAGUCCUAUUUGGGAUAGUUAUCCUCCUUAGGCAGUAAGUAGCAUGGACUAGCAGGAAGAAUAACUGAGGUAAUAAUGYUUGGAUUUCUGUAUGGGGCAUUAUUCUGUAGUGCUUCUAGUCAAGGCUCUUUACCCAAGUUGCCUCAGAAAUAUAUCUAACUGCAGAAAUGUUAAAUGUGAGCUGUGAUAUAAGUGAAUUGGCAAGGCAGUGAGCAUUCACUCGUUUCUGCCUGUGUAUGUUUGUGCCUACUGUGAAUCUUAAACCUCAACCUGACUGUUAGAUUUCACUGACAGACUGAUCGUACUGUAGACUCCCUCAAACGUUCUCGUCCAAACUGCCCUUAUUUGAGCCCCCCCUGAAAUCACAAUUURUAAUAAUUGACAAUUUCUUCUAUUGGCAGAAAGUUUUAUUCACAUUUAGGACCUCAUUGAUAAUACAUUAAGAUUUAAAAGUAAAUCACGUAAUAUGAAUAAUAUAAAUAAUAUAAAUAAUGCCGUUGAAAGGGUUUAAAAGCUCAGGGUUAUUUGGUUUUUGAGGGAGUUGAAAACACCAUCCAUGUCAAAGGUGAUUAUCACAGCAAACCAAGGGACAGUUGCUCAGCCAUCAAAAAGUGUUGCGCGAGUCAUACAUUUUCUGGUAUCAAUGAUUUAUUCAUCACAUUGCCCUUCAUUUUGAAACAUUUUCUUUUAGAAAUAUUGUGGGUCGUGUAAGACAACACAUUUGUUUUAUAAAGAGCUGUCAUGUAAAUAGUUAUUUAAAAAUAAAAAAAACUAUCCUGC